CAACAUUAAAUUCAUCCACUAGUUUCCCAUAUAACCCACACUUCUUCUCCUUUUGUUGGGAACUUGGAAUCGAUGCUUUUAGAAGGUGACAGUGUGUUGUCCUUGCCUGGUGAUAGAGUAUUAUUCGAGGAUUAAUUGCCACCGGUAACGGGUUUGUGUUUGCCGAGAUUUCUAGGACGACUAUGAAGUUGUGAAUGCAAGGGUUUAAUGCUAUGUGAUUCUUCCUCACCUCCAUCGCUAAGACGGUUUGAAAAGAGCAUAGCUCUCUUGGGACAAUAGUCGAACAGAUGGAAUACAAAGUGAAAGCCCUGGACCGUAUCGGCACAAAGUCUAUCUCAAUGUCCUUGGAGUUGCUAGGGCUAUUGCGCAAAGGUCCAAUGAGGUUUCCUGUCUAUCAUGAGCACGAGUAACUGCAAAGGGCAGUUACACCAAUCUCGAAGAGCUUCCAAAGUUUUGGCCUACUAUGGCAUUACAACCCCUCCAUAUAAACUAGAUGCUUUGGAACCAUACAUGAGCCAGAGGACUCUGGAAUUACACUGGGGAAAACAUCAUAGAGACUAUGUGGAUAGUUUGAAUAAGCAGCUUGUGAAAAGCCCAUUAUAUGGCCACACCAUGGAGGAAUUGAUUAAAGUGACAUACAACAAUGGCAACCCGUUACCAGAAUUCAACAAUGCUGCUCAGGUCUGGAACCAUGACUUUUUCUGGGAGUCAAUGCAAUCAGGUGGUGGAAAAUUGCCUCAGGGAGGUGUGCUUCAGCAAAUUGAAAAGGAUUUUGACUCAUACUCUAAUUUUAGAGAUACGUUUGUAGAGUCAGCCAUGGCGCUAUUUGGAUCUGGUUGGGUGUGGCUUGUCUUGAGAACGGAAGAAAAAAAGCUUUCUGUUGUUAGAACAUCAAAUGCCAUUUGUCCGCUUGUAUGGGGUGAUAUUCCAAUCAUCGCUCUGGAUAUGUGGGAGCAUGCAUACUACCUAGACUACAAGGAUGACAGAGAAAAAUACAUAAAUACUUUCAUGGACAAUCUUGUGUCCUGGCAUGCAGCUACAGUACGCAUGCUUCGUGCUGAGGCUUUUGUAAAUCUCGGGGAGCCCAAGAUUCCAGUUGCAUGAGAUGUUUAACUAUCUACUUCUUUGAAAAUUUUUCUUCAACAGGUGAGGAUGAAAAUAUUUGGGCCAUUCGUUGGCCUAUCGAGUAUUCUCAUGAAGACACGUCGAGCUUUUGGUAGAAAAUAAACUGAAGGUCGUAUGUAAAGUAUGGAGAAAGUGCACCGGCUCCCAUGCCACCUAGACUUCCAGAAAUGCAUUGAUUCCUGUAUGUUUCCUCAGGUUUCAGUGUAUAGUUUCCUCUUCGAUGUUAUUCAUUUGUUGAUUGCGGAACUCAGGCAUGUUGUAUAUGUAUCAAUGAUCUUUCAAGGAUUCAAGGUUUAAGAAUGCUUCUUGUGAGACUCAUAUAACAUGUUUUGUUUUGAUAA